CUGUGAUACGGUAACAUCCGGGUAAUGUAUGCGGAAAUAAAUAUGGCUACAGAAGCUUUACGAGCAGAAAAUCCAGAUUCCAUAGAGGCUCUCAGCCGUGAAGCCGAAUCAUUAAAGGCACGACUUUCUGAAGAGAAAGCUAAGCUAAAUGAUCUUGACUAUUGUGUUAUCGGCCAACGUUUGGAAAGUUUACAAAACUUUAAUAUUAAACCAAGAAGAACUUUAAAAGGACACCAAGGAAAAGUAUUAUGCAUGGACUGGUCAUCUGACAAAAGACACAUAGUUAGCUCAUCCCAAGAUGGAAAAAUGUUAAUCUGGGAUGCUUUUACCACAAAUAAAGAACAUGCUAUAACAAUGCCUACCACCUGGGUUAUGGCCUGUUCAUAUGGGCCAUCUGGAAAUGUGGUCGCUUGUGGUGGUCUAGAUAACAAGUGUACUCUGUAUCCACUGAGUAUGGAAGAAGAUCCAGCAACAAAGAAAAAAGCUGUAGCCACACACACCAGUUAUUUGUCUUGCUGUUCUUUUACCAGCUCAGAUCAUCAGAUCUUGACCGGAAGUGGUGAUAGUACUUGUGCAUUAUGGGAUGUAGAAAAUGCCCAGCUGAUUCAAAGUUUCCAUGGACAUGCUGGAGAUGUAAUGAGUAUUGACUUAUCUCCUACUGAAACUGGAAAUAUAUUUGUUUCAGGGGGUUGUGAUAAAGUAGCCAUGGUAUGGGAUAUGAGAACAGGAGACUGUGUCCAAGUCUUUGAUGGGCACGAGUCUGAUAUAAACAGUGUCAAAUUCUAUCCCAGUGGAGAUGCUUUUGCUACAGGCUCUGAUGAUGCCACAUGCCGUCUGUUUGACCUCAGAGCAGAUAGAGAAGUAAAUUGUUAUAAGAAAGACAGUAUUAUUUUUGGUUGCAAUGCUGUGGAUUUUUCAGUCAGCGGGCGAGUUCUGUUUGGGGGCUACAAUGACUAUACAGUCAAUGUAUGGGAUGCUCUCAAGGGGACAAGAAUCACCAUCUUAUACUGUCAUGACAAUCGAGUUAGCUGUUUGGGUGUGUCUCCUGAUGGUACAUCUUUAUGUACAGGGAGCUGGGAUUAUACAUUAAGGGUUUGGGCAUAAAUUUUGAACACACUAGCCGCUUUGCAUGAACAUUUUUAUCAUCACCAACAACCUUUGGUUGAAUUCCAAGUAUAGCCUGGAUCUCAAUGUUCUUUUGGUUAAUCUGAAUAAAACAAAACAACAAAAGUCAUCUGGAAAAAAAUUGACCAAAACUUUAAAAGCAUGAAAAAUUAGCCUUUUUUUUUUGUGUAUGUAUCAAAUGUAUUUAUACAACCUCACUAUUUCUAGUCAUAUAUAACUCUGCCAGAAGCACUUUUUUUUAUUUUUUAACUGCUGCAACUGGGUCUUUAUAGAGUGUGACAAACCUGGUUUAUCAGGUUGAUGCUGUGAUAAAUGCUAGUUUUGGACCAGUAUUUUAAACUUCCCCCACACAUUAUCUUUUUAACUUGUGUAUAGUCUAAAGCACUGUGUAUCUGAACAUAUUAUUGAAGUUCUGUUCAGGACUCGCACUAGUCAUUAUGUUACUGUUCAUCAGAACUAAUUAUUUUUGUAUUUAUUUCUAGCACUAUGUGUAAUAUACUGUACAGUUGGUUAUUUUAAACUGAAUAUAUUUUUUUCGAGAUCUGUAUUAUAUAGGUGCUGUUGGCCAUUAUUUAUCAAUUCCUGUUUGUGUAUUAUAUAGGCAUACAUUUUUAUUCAUUUGUUUUUCUUGUGAUGCUUUGUAGUCGCAACAUUUGACAGUUUUAUGUUUACAUAUCCCAUUGAUCUAGUCAGAAAAAUAAAAGUCACAUAGUUAAGAAUGAAAUGAGGAAUAUGUAUUACCGAAGAAGCUGAUAUGAUCAAAGCUAAAUGUUCAAGUUGGUCAUGUUUGAAUCUCUGUGAGAAUGUGAACCUAUCAAACAUAAUUUAUCAGAUCAGAUAAACAUAUUGUUUGUUGUAUAUCUGGAUUCAGACCCCUCUGCAUCAAAUGACCUAGUGUCAGCUUGUACCAAGGAAAUAGCACAUAUCAAAUUUGAGUUUUUAAAUCUGUAGCCGAAUCAAAUAUAAAAUAAAUACGAAAAAAAUAAGAUAACAAUCUUUUAACUAAAAGCUUUAAUUAGGUUAUUUUUGUUUUUUUGUUUGUUUGUUUGUUUUUUUGUUUAUUUUUUUUUUAUAGAUUAGUGUGUUAAUUGUUAAUACAAAUAGAAUAUAAGGCUAGUGUUUACUUUAAGAUGACUAUGAAUAAAAUUGAUUAGAUCUAAUGGCUAUCAGCCUUUUGUUAUACCAGACACAUUUAGAGCUUUGUAGAUUCAGAAGCCACCAUUUUACAUUUUAACUACAGAUUUUCAGCAUUCAACAACUAUCUAAAAUUAAAGAUAUUUGCAUAUGAAGGACAGUAUUGAAGCUGUAUAAAUAUUUCUAUUUCUUAUGACUAUAAUAAAAGUUUUCUAUUGUUGAUACCUACUCCCCCUUUCCACAAACAAAACUAUUUUAUUGUUUUUCACAUUUUACAAAAGCAGAUAUAUUUUAUGUCCAGUAGCAAAAAAAAAUAUGGUUUCUAUUGAUCAGUACUAUAUGUGAAAUUGUAUGCAUCAAUUACUAAGUUUACUAUUGUUUUUGGUAAUGACUUUUCACAUGAUGAUAAUUUUGUGUAUCAGUAUUUGUGAGGACAGUACUCAGUUCACUUUACUUUAAUUACAUAAUGAUUUUAUAGAUAAUUGCUUGGUUUAGAUUUAAGGUUUGAACACUUGAGAUACAAUUGAAGCUGUUUUAUAUUUGAAUCUUUACAGUUGAAGCUCUUAUAUUUGAAUCUUUACAUUAUUUUGUAUUGUUGGUUCUUGCUUUCACUGAAGCGACUAUCAACAAAUGUGUUCAAGUUGAAUGUGAGAAUCAAAUUAGUAUUUAUUAAAUAUUAAGCUGUGAACUAUUUCUUUUUAAAUGGAGCUUAUAUUAUUUCUAGUUUUUUUUUAUUAGAUUCAUUAUUUCAUUUGGGUUUAUAUGUGUAAGUCCGUAGAUUUUGUUAAGUAUGUAUUUGAUAUAAGUCAUAUAAAUUUUUCAAAUAUCUGACAGAAUAAAAAGUCACACAUUUUAGAGCUACUGUUUCGUUUGUCAGUAUUUUAUAGCAAUGUCUGUGAAACAUUUUUUUUGGGUUUGGGUUUAUUGCCAGUAUUAAAAGCAAGUGGUGAGAUAGUUUAAAUAUCAGUAUAAAUAUUGCCAGAUGUUAUCUAAGACUUUGUUUAAAUUUUUUUAAUUAUUAAAAAAAAAAGUUAAGUUACUGUAUGAAAGCAAAUGUUGAUAUAUUUUUGUGUGCCAUUUUUUUUUUUUUAGAUGUUUCUUUAGUUUGACAGUUAAUCCACAGUCUAUUUUUCUAUUGUUAUUUUUAGAAGUCUUUUUUUUUUAAUUGUUAUAACAGUGUUUCUACCCAUAUAAUUACAUAUUACUAUAUUUUAGCUAUUGAAUUUUACAUUAAGUUUUGGUAUCUUUAAGUCAAUCUACUUGUAUUGUGAAACAUAGAGUAUCAUUUUUAGUGACAUCCUAUUAUCUAGGCAUUUAGUACAUACUUCAGAAAACAAAAGUUUUUUAAAACUAGAUUCACCCAACUUGAGGAUACACAUUUUAUGAUAAGCAAUGCAUUAAUCCACUAUCCACUGUAAUUAAUUCUUUAGUUUUUUAAGAAGCAAGAACUUAAUAAUGAGAAAAGAACUUUUUGUUCUUUCUCUAAAGAACUUGCAGAUCUCCAGCACAUAUUUGUGAGUUUCACUUUUAGUUUUAUUUGUCCAAUUGUCUGAACUAGUUCAUAGGUAAUUCAACAAAUCUUUGGCACUGUGGAAAUUGUAAUUAUGUGAACGAAAAAUGUAGCAAAUAAAUAAAUGAAAUAACAAGA